CGUCUGGAUAAAAAGAAAGUAAAGUCCGGGAGGGGGAAAAACAAGCGGUCGAAACGGUCAGAAGUGCGAGGUGAAUUAGUGAAUUAUCGGAGUUUUCGGACCGUACAACGAGAUCAAGAUAAAAGCUUCCCAGUUCCUUUAAACCGCGCUCAGGGUUGAUAGAGAGAGAGAGAGAGAGAGAGAGAGAGAGAGAGAGAGGGAACAAACGCGAGCCGCAAAGUUCACAACAGUCGGGCGGCUUUACUGGAACUGUUUCGCAUCAAAAGUGGUUUAUUAUUAUUCGCUCAUGUGAUCCAAACGCCUGCCUUCGCAGUUCGGAAACUUUACAUCAAGUCCGCGAAGACGCGAGAGCCUCAAACUUUUUUGUAGGAGUACGGUUUUUCCCGAGGAAAAGUUUCGCUAAAGCGCCGGAGAUCAGAUUUUCUUUCAACACGCUCGCGUGGAGUUAAUGGACACGACCUACUAUGUUUUUACUUUUCGUUCUCAUGAACCACUUUGGAUCGGCGCGUUAUAAAACACCGCAGACGACUUAAACUCUCCAAACUACAUUUGAUCCAGUGGAUCUCUCUUGCCAAAACAAAGCGCCUGUCUAUCUCCCAUCCAGACCCCCUUUUCAACCUUUUAAGGACAACUGCAUUUAGUUUUGGCUUCUGGACAAGUUUCUUGUAUUGCCUCGCCGUGAUUCACCUUUGAUUUACUUACGUGGUGGAGCAGGGGAGUUAAAAUUUUACUGUGGACCGUUUUCAAGUCCAGGACCGAUGCAUUGCCCAAAAACAACGCAGUAUAAUUUGAUAUUACCGUUGGGUAAACAAACAACUUAAUGAAGGCGAAUUACUCGGACUCUGAGAAACUCAAUAGGUUCGAGCUGUCCGUUUGUGGAUGAGAGAGAUCAGUCGUUAAGCGCUGAGACAACUGGAUACAAAAUGGCGGCGUGGCUGGGACAGAUGGGAUCACUUUCAUAUCAUGUGUUUUAUUGGCUUUUGACGCUGGGACUGUUAAUCAAUUAUAGCGCACCGUGUCCUCAAAACUGUACGUGUACGCUUGAUACGACCGACUGCAGUCAUUUAGACAUUACUGGUGUCCCUCAAGACUUGCCUAAGAGCACUGUGCAUCUAAAUCUGAGCCACAACAAGCUGGCGGCAGUCGAUAUGGACAUCCUCUCCAAUCUGCCCAACCUGAGAGAAGUGAGGCUUGACCACAAUGAGCUGACAUCCAUCCCUUCAUUUGGAGACGCGGCAGCAACAGUCGUUACACUCUAUUUGCACCAUAAUAAAAUCCGCAGACUGGAGGGGAGCCUGCUGGAGAACUUCACUUCUCUGGAGACUCUAGAUCUGAGUAAUAAUGACAUCACGGAGCUGAAAGAGCACUGCUUCCCUUCGGGGUUGCAAAUCAAGGACCUACACCUGAGCAGUAAUAAGAUUGUUCAUCUGGAGUUUGGGGCAUUUAAGAACCUCGCCGGGAGUCUGCAGAUCCUCAGACUGAGCCGGAACCGACUGACCCAGCUUCCUGUUAAAGGCCUGGAGCUGCCCAAGCUCACACAACUGGAGCUGAGCAGGAACAAGUUGCGGUUAAUUGAAGGACUCACCUUCCAAGGUUUGAGCAGUUUAGAAGUUCUCAAGCUUCAGAGAAACAACAUCAGCAAGCUGACGGAUGGGGCGUUCUGGGGUCUGGCCCGGAUGAGGGUUCUGCACCUGGAUUAUAACAGUCUACGGGAGGUGAACAGCGGAUCUCUUUACGGUCUGGAGUCGCUCCUGCAGCUCUAUCUCUCCAACAACUCCAUCUCUAACUUUAACCCUGAGGGCUGGGGCUUCUGUGAGAGACUCCGAGAACUGAACUUGUCUUAUAACAACCUGACCAAGCUGUCCGAGGGUGGAUUUGCCAAACUGAUGAAUCUCAUCUCCCUGCGUUUGGGUCACAAUUCCGUCAGUCACAUCACAGAGGGAGCGUUUAGAGGGCUUAGUUCCCUACGGACGCUGGAGUUGGACCACAAUGACAUUUCUGGCACUAUAGAGGACACCAAUGGGGCCUUUACUGGCUUGGAAAACCUAAACAAGCUAACUCUGUUUGGAAACAAGAUCAAGUCGGUGGCCAAGAAAGCCUUCUCGGGCCUGGAGGCUCUGGAGCACCUGAACUUGGGGGAAAAUGCCAUCCGCUCCAUCCAACCUGAGGCAUUCAGCAAGAUGAAGAACCUGCGUUACCUUCAUAUUCAGAGUGAUAGUUUUCUGUGCGACUGCCAGCUGCACUGGUUUCCGGAGUGGCUGGUAACACGGGGGCUGAAGGCUGGCGUUCAGGCCACAUGUGCCCACCCAGAGAGCCUAAAGGGCACCAGCAUCUACCAGGCCCCACCUCAGAGCUUUGUUUGUGAUGACCUACCCAAACCCCAGAUCACCGUUCACCCUGUCACCACGGCAGCAGUUUUGGGAAAAGAUGUGCGUCUGACCUGCACGGCCGCCAGCAGCAGCAGCUCUCCCAUGACUUUCACCUGGCUCAAGGACCAGGAGACGCUACGUCAAGCAGAGGUUGAGAAUUUCGCCCACGUGCGGGCCAGUGACGGAGGGGUGAUGGAUGACGGAGGGGUGAUGGAGUACACCACUAUCCUCCACCUCCGGCACGUCACCUUCAACCAUGAGGGCCGCUACCAGUGCAUCAUCAGCAAUCAUUUUGGCUCCUCCUACUCGAACAAGGCCCGCGUCACUGUAAACGUGCUGCCUUCGUUUGUCAAGACCCCACGCGACAUCACAAUCCGGACGGGCACGAAGGCACGGUUGGAGUGUGCAGCUGAAGGACAUCCCACUCCUCAAGUGGCGUGGCAGAAAGAUGGCGGUACAGAUUUCCCUGCCGCCCGAGAGCGGCGCAUGCGUGUGAUGCCUGAUGACGAUGUCUUCUUCAUCAUGGACGUGAAGCCUGAGGAUAUGGGCGUGUAUAGCUGCACCGCAAAGAACACGGCGGGCAUGAUCUCCGCAAACGUCACUCUAACGGUGCUAGAGACCCCUCAUCUAGCACAGGAAAUGGAGGAUCGAAAUGUAGUAGUGGGCGAGACUGUUGCAUUGCAGUGCAAGGCUCUAGGCAGCCCACCUCCUCGCAUCACCUGGCUAAAGGGGGAGGAGCCUCUGAGACCCGGCGACCGUCACUACUUCACUCCAGGGAAUCAGCUCUUGGUGAUCGGUAGCACCACUUUAGAGGACGCCGGACGCUACACCUGUGUGAUGUCCAACACGCUCGGCACAGAGCGAGCUCACUGCCAGCUCAACGUUUACCAGCGCUUUGAGGAAUGCGCGCCUUUUUCAAGCCCCAGCACCGUUACCGUGGGAAUCAUCGUCAUCGCUGUGGUGACCAGCAUUGUGGUGACGUCCCUGGUUUGGGUGUGUAUUAUCUAUCAGACGAGGAAGAAGAGCGAGGAGUGCAGCGUAAACACAGAUGAGACAAUUGUGCCUCCUGAUGUCCCCAGUUACCUGUCCUCUCAGGGCACUUUAUCAGAGAGACAGGACGUGUGUAUACGAGUGGAGUCCAAUGGUGGAUCUCAACCCAACGGACGCAUAGAAAACAAUGGCUAUGAUGGGCCAGUCGUGUGCACCGACUGCUUGGAAAACGGCACCAGCUACUCCAACCACUGUAACUACCUCCCUCACGGGAUAGCGCCCCCCUCAGGCCUGGAGUAUCAGCAGACACACCAACCGUUGACUUUCGCCAGCCACAGCAAUGAACCACACUGCAAUGGCACACCCAACGGGGUCAGGAAAGACAGCCAAACUCCCAUCUUUCCCACCAACCACGACAGGGUGACUGUAUCACCCUCGUCGCACCAGUACAACGACAGAAAAGGACUGUUGUUGACUAGGUCAGACACACCUCCUUCACUUGAAGAGAGCUAUCAUCGGCCGGUAAAGCUCCUGCCUGGGGACUGUGACAUUGGGUCAGAGCUCAAACAGACUCUAUUACCCAACGGACACGCGCAUACGGCCGAUGCCACCCUAAACGAGAGCGAAUCCUUCAGUGACUAAACGCCUCACCAACCCUAUUCUUUAUCCUUUUGCACUGAGAACUGCUACCUCACACUGAGGGGCACAGACAAAGCUGCCCCCGUCUAUCUGAAUGCAGAAAAGGGGCGUCCGGAGUUUGAAGGCAAAGCUUGAGUGGGGCGAUGACGUCCCAUGCGAGCGUUAACCAUGUAUAUAGAUAUAUUCCUCCUCAGGGAGGCUCCGUUCACACUUCAGAAAUGUGACUUGCAUUUGACGCAUGCAAAAUGUAUGACAGAGUGCUAUAACGUUGGGCUUUGAGCUGUACAUAAGAGUUUUCAUAUAUAAAUAUGUGAAUGUAUGUAUUCUAUUAACUUUUACAAGAGUGUUUAACUCUAUUCGGUGCAUGGUGAGAUCAGAGUGGUUAUAUUUUAUUUUUAUUUAGUUGCUUUUUUUUUUUUUUUGGAACAGAUCUCUCCUGCUUUUCUCAGUUUUUUUUAAGCAGUGCCUUAUUGCAAGAUCAAAGAAUCCACAAGUCAGUUUUCCUUCACAAAUAGGAAUUUUGUCAUGCACUUGAAGUUUAGACAACACAAUAAUAAUACAUUGUUUUUAAAGGAAUAUUCCAGGUUAAAAUCCAAAAAAAGAAUUAGCUUUUUAUGACUAGAUAAGUUAAUAUGAUCUACAGUAAUAUUUUUUUUUAAGGAUGCAUUACGUUAAUUGACCAUAAAGACGUUUAUAAUGUUUAUGCUGUUCAUCUUGUGCAACUUUCUACUCAAAAAAUGCAGCGGCGUUUGAAAAUGAAUACAAAUAUAUUUUAUGUUAAGACAAAAGUUAAAUAUUACUGUAUAUUGGAGCAGAUGAAUUAGAUAUUUAAAAAAAAAAAAAACGUUUUAAUACAAUAGUGAUGAUUUAUAUUUACAGAAAAAAUUGAAAUGAUCAUUCAAGAGCUAUUGUUGUCAUAAGCGUUUAAGUAAAUGAUAAUUAUGUUUUGGAAAUCCACUAAAUAUGCUAACAUAAAAAUAAUUAAAACGUGUACGUCAGUUUGGAGAAACAAACAAAAAAGCUAUUGUUUUUGUCAUUACAAACUGGUGUUUAACCUGGAAUAUUCCUUCGCCAGAUUAAAUACGGGAUGAAGGAAGAGCUCUGCAUUGAAUUUUCAGGUCCGUUACGGUACAAAAAUGACAAAUAUUGGCAUAAGGGAAAAUAAGCACUUUGAUAAAUCACAUUUUUAUAUCUUGAGGUUCUAAAGCUAAUCGAGGCUCUUCUGUUAACAAAGGUACACGCCACCAAAAGCUGCUCCACUCGCCUACACGUCUGUGGUAUUUGAAAUUAAUUUUUAAAUGUAUUUGUUGACUUUUUUUUUUAACAAAUGAUCCAAAAACUAAAUUUAGAGAGACUGGUUCUAACGCUUGAGUUUUAGCUAACAGCAAAGCCGAAUGCUGCCAAAAUCACAAAAGGGAAAGAGUCUCUGGAAAACUCAAGCUGCGUGUGUUGGACUUCAACUACACAGAAUGUCUUCACCUAAAGGGAAUAAGCAGGAAAAAGUGAACACCUCAUCACCCAGUCUCUUGUAGUCUUUGGUAAAGACUAAAGCAGCUAAUGCUAAGCUACAUUUAUUGGUAAACCUGAGCCAAACCGGUUCAUGUCGACAGCCAAGGUGGUUGUUUUUCCUUUUUUUUUUUUUUUUUUUGGCCAAAUAGUAUAACAUCUGUACUACUAAACUAGGGGAAUGUUUUGUAAAGUUGGAUUACAGAAAAUGCCAGUUUAACCCCAAAAACUGUAGAACCUAGCAGUACUUUGAUAUUGUGGUUAGCUGGUUAACUGUGUAUUCCAGCUCUGUGAACUAGUUCAAAUAGGUUAACUCCACAGAUGUUUGGGUCAAACUGUUUCAUACCAGAAUAAUUUAUUGAACUCGACUCUAAUCUCAGCUGUUCACCCACAUGGCUAAAACUGUUGAAGUGUCAAAAUGGCAGGUGUUUAUUAAAGUCACAUUUUGCUCUUUUA